GUUUUUGACGUUACCAUUUGAUGCUGAGCGUUUCAAGUGUGAACUAAGAUCCAUGUAACAUAAAAGAUGGUCUCUGUCUUUGUCAUGUAAUAAGAGACUGAAUUAAUUUUUUUUAAAAAAAGGGAAUUCAAAAAUAAACGUGAAUCCAGCCAUGAAACAUUUUUCAAAUAAUUAUAUACAAAAAGAAACUCAGAAAAGCUUAUUCCUUUUCUACAAAGAUCGGUUCUUUUUAUUAUAACACUUGAACGUGUCUGGCUUUAAAGUUUGUUCCUUUCUUCUCUAUCUCUCACUCCCAGGGAUCUGUUUCUUUGCUUUCACUCUUCUCUUCUAGUAAGAGAGUGAGAGACAAUGAACAAGCUUUUGUUGUUGGUAGGCUUUAUUGUAGUGCUAGGAACUCAAGCAAAUGAGUAUUUAGAUUUCAAUGUGACAGAGAUAGACCGCAUUGAGGAGCUAGAGUUUGGAUUCUCCAAAUACAGCUCAAAUUUGAACCCUUUAUUAGUUGGUCUCACUCUCAUCAGAGGAGCUGAUUCUGGAGCUGUUUGUUUGGAUGGAACAUUACCUGGAUAUCACUUGCACCGUGGGCAUGGAUCUGGAGCUAAUAGCUGGCUAAUUCAAUUAGAGGGAGGUGGAUGGUGCAACAAUGUUAGGACCUGUGUAUACAGGAAGAAGACUCGGCGUGGUUCAUCUAACUACAUGGAGAAGCAGCUUCAGUUUACAGGAAUACUGAGUGAUAAAGCUCAAGAGAAUCCUGACUUCUUUAACUGGAAUAGAGUUAAGCUUCGUUACUGUGAUGGCGCUUCUUUCAGUGGAGAUGGUCAGAAUCAGGCUGCACAGCUUCAGUUUAGAGGAGAGCGUAUCUGGAGAGCUGCCAUAGCUGAUCUGAAAGCCAAAGGAAUGCGAUACGCCAACCAGGCACUUCUCUCUGGAUGUUCUGCUGGUGGUUUAGCAGCUAUUUUACGCUGCGAUGAGUUUAGGAACUUGUUCCCUGGUUCCACCAAGGUCAAGUGCUUGAGUGAUGCUGGCUUGUUCUUGGACACAGCUGAUGUUUCUGGUGGCCGCACAAUCAGAAACUUAUACAAUGGUGUAGUAAAUUUUCAGAGUGUGAAGAAUAAUCUCCCACGUAUGUGCACAAACCAUCUCGAUCCAACCUCGUGUUUCUUCCCACAGAAUCUGAUCAGUCAGAUGAAAACUCCACUUUUUAUUGUUAAUGCAGCAUACGAUACAUGGCAGAUUCAAAGCAGCAUAGCUCCAACAUCAGCUGACCCUAGUGGCUUUUGGCAUGACUGUAGACUAAACCAUGCAAAAUGCACACCUUCACAAAUCCGGUUCUUGCAAGGGUUCAGGGAUCAGAUGCUGAGAGUAGUGAGGGGAUUCUCAAUGUCUAGACAUAAUGGUCUGUUCAUAAACUCAUGUUUUGCUCACUGCCAAACCGAGAGGCAGGACACUUGGUUCGCUGAUGAUUCUCCUGUCAUAAGAAAAAAGGCUGUGGCUAUAGCUGUGGGAGAUUGGUAUUUUGAUAGAGCAGAAGUGAAGUUAGUUGAUUGUCCUUAUCCAUGUGACAAGAGCUGCCACAACUUGGUGUUUAGAUGAUUUAUCUACUUGAUUCUUCCUUAUAUACAUACUUAGAAAGCUUAGCUUCUCUCAAAUGGAGAAGCUUACUAUUUUACCAAUGCCUCAUUGGAAGAAAAUGUAUGAUUGAUUUGGAAAAACCAUAAUAAACUCCAAAACAAAUACAUAAGUUGGCUCAAAAGAGUUCAAAAUGUAAUCACAGAGUAAUGAUUCCUUUUUCCUUUGUU